AUGACAGUCGCCGGCGACUCCUCAAACCGUGGGUCAUCCCACGGUAACAAUGUCGCACUCGAGGACCGUUUCGAAGUGCUCAAGGAAAUUGGCGACGGUAGUUUUGGUAGUGUCGUUUUGGCGCGAGUUCGAACCGCGGGAGCGAACGUUGCCCGCCGCGGUACAGUGGUUGCUAUCAAAUCCAUGAAAAAGACGUUCGGCUCAUUCUCGCAAUGCCUGGAGCUUCGCGAAGUCGUCUUCUUGCGGACGCUUCCUGCGAACCCACAUCUCGUACCAGCUCUAGACAUCUUUCUCGACCCGUACACCAAGAAGCUCCAUAUCGCCAUGGAGUACAUGGAAGGCAACCUCUAUCAACUGAUGAAGGCCCGCGACCACAAGUGCUUGGACAACGCCAGCGUUAAGAGCAUUCUUUUCCAGAUCAUGCAAGGCUUGGAGCACAUCCACGCGCACCACUUUUUCCACCGCGACAUCAAACCCGAAAACAUCCUCGUCUCGACAUCAUCGUACAACGAACCAUCGACUGCUUUCCGACGCUACUCAGCCCUCGUCACACCACCAUCCACACCACCGACAUAUACAGUCAAACUCGCCGAUUUCGGUCUGGCCCGUGAAACACAUUCGAAGCUUCCUUACACAACUUAUGUGUCAACUCGAUGGUAUCGUGCUCCUGAAGUGCUCCUCCGAGCCGGAGAGUAUUCGGCGCCAGUCGACAUUUGGGCCGUUGGUGCCAUGGCUGUCGAGGUCGCUACGCUGAAGCCACUGUUCCCUGGCGGCAACGAAGUUGACCAGGUCUGGAGGGUCUGCGAGAUAAUGGGCAGCCCCGGCAACUGGUACAGCAAGUCCGGCAGUCGAGUUGGCGGUGGCGACUGGCGUGAAGGCACGAGGUUGGCGGGCAAGCUGGGCUUCUCGUUCCCAAAGAUGGCACCCCAUUCGAUGGAGACUAUCCUGCAAGCUCCUCAAUGGCCACGCGAGCUGGCACACUUUGUCACCUGGUGCUUGCUUUGGGACCCCAAGAAUCGCCCCACCUCGACACAGGCUCUCGCCCACGAAUACUUCGCCGAUGCUGUCGACCCGCUGAGGCCCAAGUCGUCCGCCUCGCGUGUUCUCGGCCGCAAGCAGUCUGACCUUGUAUCCCGUGGCUCUACCCCUACUCCGGUUGUCCCAUCAUCGAAACCUUCCUGGUUCCGCAAGUCACUCAUUGGGCGCACUGAACCACCCGAGCUUGUCGCCAACCAAGCCCAGUCGAAGGAGAGCGCAGCAGCUCGCCCUGCACCUCUCCAAUCGACCACACAGACCGAGAUCUCCGCCGGUAUCCAACGUACUGGAGCCGGCAAACGGAGCACAUGGACCAACGGGGUCUCCAACAUGGCUCCGAUGCCAAUUCUGCCGUCCAUUCGCCCCAUUUCGCCCCUUUCAGCUGACGUAAACGCCCGCGCCAACCUCCGCGCAGCCGAGGCAGCUGCUGGCCAGGAGAAGUCGAAAAAGAUUGGCCGCCAGCUUUCAGUGAACUCCAGCACUAACCACUACGCUGAGAUUCAUCGCCAACAAGCCGAGCGUGCCUUGAACGGCAACUCUGGCCUUGCGUCGCCCCCCAGUGGACAGAAGGAAGGAUUCUUUUCCCAUCUUCGCAAGCGAGCCCGGCGGCUUUCGGGUCGUCAUCAGACCCCAUCUUCGCCUCAGUACGAGGAUGUUGAGGCUGUAGCUGGCUGUGCGCCCUGGGCUGGCAGCAACCGGUCCUCGAUCACAUUGGAACAGCAAGGAGCCAUGUACGAUUCCUUGGACAUGAAGCUACGCAAUGUGCAGAACAACCUCGAUACACAGCAGGCGCAGACAUCUGUCCCCCCGAUGCACCAGGCAGGACCUAGUGGCGGGCUCAAGCGUCACCAUUCACUGCCCCAGCAACAGCACCGCUCUGUCGACAACCUUCUGGGUGCUGCCCGCAGUGGAGGGCCCAUUUCGAGCCGGACACGACGAGCACAGGCUGCUCAAGGCGUCCAGCAGUACGAGGCCCCGGCAGAGGAAGACGAGUUGCUCGAUGAGGUCCUGACGUCCACGCACACUGCCAUGAAACACAUGAACAGCGGCGAGAACAGCCAGGCUCUUCGGCAAUCUGCCAGUAACUUGGGGCUCAGCAACCCAUAUCCUACGCCAUCGCCGUCCGCCGGUGGAAAUCAAAUCCUAUUUGGAGACGGCAACGAGGCGCUACGACCAAAACCUCUAGAUCUCGGCAAGAAGCCCGCCGCUGGCCAGAGCAAGUGGCCGACACCGCCGUACGAGGAGAGCGAGUGGGCAGCCUCUGCCUCGGCCAGCAUCUGGGCUGCUGGGAGCAGGUUCUAA